UCAGAAACAUAGUGAUUAGCUACAUAACUCUACAACACCAUACUCACCCCAAACUACCGAAACCCAUAAAAUUCAUAAAUCUGCAAACUUGUAAAUUACAAAAUUCCCCCAAAAAUUCAAAAAUUUGCGCUCUCAGAAAUAAAACUUACAUAUUUGAUCAAAAGCCUCGAUAGUUCCUCCGGCGUAUCUCUAUCGGAAGUGCACGUGGUACCGGAAGGUGUCGUCGCGUGCCCGCCAUAGUCACGUUUCCUCGUGUACUCGCAAUUCUCGUAGAUCGUUUCUUAGCCGGCAAACGAAUGAUUGAAAAGCAAAAGUGUCGGUGGUGGGGUUUGCGAGAUAGUCGAUGCCUCGUGGUCCGGUUGCCUGUCAGUGUCGGCCGUUCUCCUCGUCCGUUAUGACGUUUCCGGUCUGCUUCUCGUUUCCAUAAUUCCACAUCGAUCGUCGGACAGUGAUCGAUCGUUUCUUGGAGACACUCGUUAAACUUCUACAUAGUUUCUGUUAUAGAUCGUAAAAUAUCGAUUGGACUACAGAAAAUUUCAACGGGUAUACCGAGGACUUUAGCUAGUAAAAUUAAAAGUGUCUGAUUUCGUUUGUUCUUACGGUGUUACGUUUAUUCUUACGCAAAAUAUUUUCGAGCAAAGGUGUGUAAAUUUGAUUGUAUCCGAUAUUUAGCUCGUCAUUAAGGAUUUUUUUAAUUAGUCGUGUGAUGUAAACACCGUGCUUGGAAAUCGCUCGCCGAGAGAUUCGAAUCGAUAACUCACCACGUGGUUCCUCGCUAAUCUCAGGUGAUCUUCCUUCUUCCUUUUCGCCGGAACAGCCAAUCGGAAAAAAGAUGCAGAAUUCACAGAGAUACGAAGAACAUACCAUAUAUAAGACACGAUCACCCUGCAGCCUGCGGAAACUCCGAGACAUGGUGCCAGCCAGGGUGGUGCUGUACAUGCUAUCAUUCUCGGGGUUCACGGUGUCCUUCAUGAUGAGGAACGACAUCAACAUCGCCAUGGUGGCGAUGGUGAAACCACCGUCGUCGACAUCGGACACCAACGUCCCGAUGACGUCUCAUCAUUGUUACGUAACGCCGAAUGUAUCGCUCGUCAACAACAGCACGCCGAUCAGACUUGAGGACCAAGGAGAGUUCGACUGGAGUCCCACCAUACAGUCCGCCAUUAGCGGUUCGUUCUACUGGUGUUAUAUAUUAUCGCAAGUGGUGGGUGGUGUACUGACGCAAUAUUUCGGCACGAAGACGGUAUUCGGUGGUUCGCAGUUAAUCACGGCAGUCUGCAGCUUGCUGAUGCCUUCGGCAGCGGGAAUCCAUUACGGGGUCAUGAUUGCCCUCCGCAGUAUUCAGGGCAUCGCCAGUGGACUCACGUGGCCGGCAAUGUACGCCAUCGUCGGGCACUGGAUACCACCCGUGGAACGUUCGCGUUUCAUGUCUUCCUUUCAAGGGUUCAGCUUUGGCAUCGGGAUAACCUAUCCAUUGUGCGGAUUCAUCAUCGCCCAUUUUGGAUGGAGAGCGGUCUUCUAUACGACCGGCAGCAUCGGUAUGCUCUGGUGUCUUUUCUGGUAUUUCUUCGCCUUUGACACACCAGCCUCGCAUCCCAGAAUAUCCCAACAGGAGCUGCGUUACAUUCAAGGAAGCGUUGGAAAUCAAGUUCAUGGAACCAACGAGAGUAUGCCAGUUCCAUGGGGUUCCAUUCUCAGAUCAUGGCCAGCGUGGUCAAUAGGGAUCACCACGUUCGGAAGAAUAUGGGUUCACUACAUUUUCAUCAUUUCCGGACCAAUGUACAUGAAGACGGUUCUAGGAUUCAGUAUACAGGCGAACGGAGUUUUGUCUGGAUUACCAUUUAUCUGCAGUUACUUCAGCUCCGUCGCAUUCUGCUAUGUAGCCGAUGUCCUAGUAACGAGACAGAUUUUGUCACUGACAAACGUCCGCAAGGUGUUCACCGCUCUUUCACAAGUAGUUCCUGGAAUAAUGUUAGUACUGAUUGGCUAUCUGGGAUGCGACAUCGUCCUCGUGUUGGUGGUAUGGUUCAUAGCCGUCACCCUUAUCACAGCCGCGUAUGCAGGGGCGAUGGCAAACAUCGUUGAUAUCGCGCCAAAUUUUGCUGGUCCGAUAUUAGCAUUUGCACAAACAAUUCACAUGUCCGCCAGUUUCCUAUCUCCGGUGGUAGCUGGUCUACUCACUCAGAAGAGUCAAGCACUGGACGCUUGGAGGCAAGUAUUUGGAGUAACUGCCUGCGUAGCAUGCGCCACGUACGUGGUGUAUCAGAUUUGCGGGACGGGAGACAUCCAAGCCUGGAACUAUCCCGACCAAAAGUACCCGCAAUCGGUUCAAGAAGAUUCCCAGCCCUUGAACGAGUCUCCUCAGAAGAACGGGAAGAUCGUCAAGUCGCGAUCGAACGUGUCCGCAGAAGCGUAACACAUUCGUUACUCGAAGAAAUGAGAGUAUACAGUGUACUCUUGUCAUAGACGAUUACAAAUACUUCUCCUUUAAUCUCGAAAAGAGACGAGCAACCUAAUAUAUAUAUAUUAUAUAUACACACACGCGCGAGAAACGUCUAUUUUUUUCGUAAUAUCUCUGUAUGUAUGUGCAUAGAAGUCAUAGUUCGUCCGUGGAAGAAGUGAUAGCGGUCAGGGUAAUGUAUAUUUGUAACGUUUAUAGAAUAUUUUUAUGAAAAUGUCUCGAUUAACGCGCAACGCUUCGAUUAAUUUGCUAGAAAUCCGCGUAGAAGCGAGAGGCACAAAUACUUAUUCGCGUUCAUUGACACGUUGACUGCUGCUGAGGUUAUUGACACUUAGGUUAUUGAGAUUAUUGAAUGGGUUUCAUUUUUUUUCGGAGAAGAUUGUGAACUUUGUCUGUUUAACUAGUGAAUGUGCAUUUGCGGGCACCGAUAACCGUUUGAUAAAGCGUGAAUCGAAUUAGACAAAUUGAGUUACGUCGAAUUAAAUCGUGCCGAAUUUAAUGCAGCAAAUUGAAUCACGUUUAAUUGAAUCGCGCCAAAAUGUGUCGAUGGAUUCACCACUCUUGUAUCCUAUAACGCAUCGUAAAUGUCAAUGCCCGUGUACGGGGCAUUUAAUCUGCCCAGUACUGUUCAAUCAUUAAAGCAGUUAACGUGUUAAAGAUAGCUCAUCGUUUCACAAUCAGAUGCGAUCCUCUGCUCGCGUGUUUUCUCUGUGAUCGAAUUUUUCUUCCUUCUUUUUUAUCCGGAUCCUGAUGGUUGACGAGUGCGUAACAGAGGAAUGAACCUCGUAGAAGCACUAGGGCAACAGUUGCAAACUGAGAAAGACGUUUUUGUAUCUUAAUAAAAUCUCCUAAAAUUGGCAACCAUAAAUUACUACUAUUUAUCUUAAUAAAAUUUCACUUAGCUCAUGUUUGAACACUGUUGUCUUCUACGUUCUUGCUUCUAUAAGUUACUCUACCGACUUAAUUGUAGUAUUCAUGUAACGUCACGAUUCUUUUUCUCUCUAUUAAGAAGUGUUUGUUGUACGUAAUUUGUAUUGAAGAAAUCAUGACACUCGUUUACAAGUUUGCCGGUGAUAACUCCUUAAGCCCUGUUAGAUACGCCGUGUUAAAAAAGAGUUUGUAAAAAGAAAGAUUUCAUACGAGCUGUACUUAGAGACCAUAUUUACACAGAAAUAUUGAAUACUUUGUAGGUUAGAAACGAUGUACAAAAAUUAUAAAAAGAGACAGAGGAAUUAUAUACUACUACUGAUCGAUGCCUUGUAUUAACUAUAAUUUUCUGUUCGUUUCUCGACGAAGACUUUUCUCGUACUUAAAAACGGUGUUCCAUGAAAGAAUUCGUUUCACCGGUUGUAUCGUCGAUAAUUGAACCUAUAAACUACUGGAACACGAUUUCACUCUAAGCUGAAAUUACGUCGAAAUAUUUGAAUGCCAAAUCCAGACGUGGACGUUGAAUUCAGUCUCUUUCGAGAUUUUAACCCACGUGCAAUGAUUCCAUUCAUUCAAGGAACACGAAGCUAAGAGAAAUGAUCGUUACAAAGUAUUGUAAUUUUAAUUAUUUUUAUACUGGCACAGUUUAUACGCGAUAAAUUGUAAGCCAUUCAAGCCGUUUCUCUUUGUUAGUUGUAAGCAUGUACUUUAAGUUACACGCGGAUACUUAAGUAGCGAAUGUAAGAACGCAAAAUGAAAUAAAAGAGAUCGCAUAUCUGCAAGCAACACGAAUUGUGCACAGAAAGGCGUUUUCUUUUUAACUUUUUUUAGAAGUUGUAAUAUACUCUUGUAUUUUAUGCAACCAUUUGUUACUGGUGCAGUUUGAAACUCGAUGUUGAUUGCCACAUUAAAAAAUACCUAAUAUAAUUUUCAGUGGACGUGGCAGUCAACAUGUUGCCACUUAAAUUUGCGAUCUUUGCUUAUUUCUUUUUACAAAAUUAUUUAUGAACGAAUAAUUUCCACUGGAGUUCAACAAAAUUUAAAUAAUGUCACAAAUUUGGCUGCCAUUUCAUUCAAAAAAUUUCACUAAUCAUUAAGAAUGAAUUUCCAAAUGAUGAAUCAAAUGUUGCUGUCGUAGAUGAACACCUUGAUAGCGACGUUCUUAAAAGUUUUUCACUUAAAACCACGUCACUUUGUAACAAGAUUGUACACCAUGGCAAGAACAUGACCAGAUAAAAAAACUGAGAAAAAUUGCGUGUAAUUUCAUUAGAACAAUGCGUUGUCUCUUAUCCCGCUCGUAAAAGAAGAACGAAAUGAUGUAAACAAAUGUUUCUACUCUGCGAUUCGUCCACGUCAUUUCUAUGAAACUUGUCGUGUAACGUUAAUAUCGAUGAUGGGUUGCAUCAUAUAGAUCUCGAGAUAACUGCAGCAGAUAUAAUCUCCAAAUAUGAGGAACCCCGUGCGAUUCGAAGCAAACACGCGUGUUUUCGGAAACAACGGAAGCGAUAAGCGUUUUAAGACAAAUAUGCGCUCAAUUAAUACUCUGUUCCAGAAUAUUUUUAGAAAUAGUUAGGUAACUUAUUACCGAGCAUUUGAACUACCUCUAUUUUAUUCGAGGAGUGUUGCUUUAAUCAAAGUUGCUUUUACGAAGGUGCAAUUUAUUUCUGCUGAGUUUCUGAACAAAAUUGCUGUACAAAGUGGAUGUUAGUCGAAAAGAUUUAUGUAAUAACCGGAAAUAUCGAUGGUUUCAUCGAGAAAUUCUGGAGAAACGGCGUAGAUUUAUGACCUUCCUCUUUUUCCACAUUCACAAAACGUAGUGGUCUGGUUGUUGAAAGUUUGUUUUUUCUACGAGUCUUACUUCCUCGGUUACGAUGCUAAAAUACCUGCGUAUAUUCGUAAUGACAAUUUUUGGAAUCAAAUUGUUUGUUAAACAGGUAUCUAAUUUGAGAAUUUUUCGCGUGAAAAUUUUAACCAAACCGAAGAUCCAAGCGUAUCUUCAGGGGAAUACAUUAACUACCCACGUGUUCGGUUGACUAAUUAAAAUAAUUAUCAAGAAUUGAGAUCGGUUGAAAUUUCACACGGUACAAAUCUUAAUCGAACGAUAAUAUUAUCAAACAAUAGAGCUGUAUGAUAAACAUCAGUGGAAGACAAUUCUGUUAUCAUCGAUCCGUGAAAAGACGUCAACGGUACGAGCUUCAUGAACGGUUUCUCGAAAUUACCUGCGGAAUUAACGCUUGUUUAUUGCGAUGUAGUACUUCAUUGAGUGCUCUAACUGACGUCAGAUGCCGCAAGUACGAAGAUUAGAUAUCUACCGACCUAAAUAUCUCAAUUCGUGUUGCUUGAACGAUAAAGGUAACUUAAAGUAUUAACGCGUCGAAGAAAUAGAACUCGAAAAUAAAACAUGAUGGUUCUAGGUCAGGAACGAAACGUUUUAAGCGAUGCGAUUUGAUUCGAAGACUCGAUCUCAACGUAUAAUUCGACGCAGAGAAAUUCAUAGAUUUCAAUACACAAGUAUGGUUGCAGUUGAUUUCCAAAAUAAACUUCAAAGUAAAUCGAAAGUAUACUCGAGAAAAAUGUAAACGCGAGAGAAAAUAAAAUGGAGCAAGAAAUAGAACUCAGGGGAGGCGGUUUCUAAAAUAGCCUCUAUGUCAAGACCGAUCAAAAAUAGCGCGAACUCUGAACUUUCAAGAGCAAAUGACCUCUCCGAUAUUAAAA